GAAGAAGAAGAAAGAGUCCUCACAUAAUAUUACCAACCGUCCUCACCUCCUUAUCUAGAUACCUUACUUGAUUCUAUUUUUUAUUGAAUUUUUGCACGGACCAUUUCAGAUUUCCCUAUUUAUACCUCCUUAUCCUUCCCCAUUUCCUUCAUCAGUGCAAUCAAUUUCUUCUCUUCUCCUCCCUUUUGAGUUUAUUAGCUUCCAUUAGUUGCUUUAACUGUAGUCCUUUGUCUCUAUAUUCUCAUCUGCGCAUUAUACUCAUUGUAAUUCAUCUCCAAGUUUUGUGUUCCUUACAGUUCUGUACAAGAUAAUCCCUCAAAAAAAAAUUUCUGUCUUCGGUUCUCUUUGAAAUUUUCUUAUAUACUCAGUCUUUGUCACCUCUUAAUUACAUCUUCCAUUCCUCCAUAUUCAAUCAAAACCGAGGUUCACUUUUUCUAUUUUUGCAAUUUUUAUACUGUGUUUUUGCUCUGUUUCUUUCUGUAUGGCUCCACCAAAUGAUCUUGCCAACUCACUCGUUAAAUUACAUCGAUCAGAGAGUUUUGAUGUCUACUUGGAUUUAUCCGAUGGAAAGUUUACUGUCAAAGGCUUUCCGUUGCUGUCUGAUGUUCCAAAUAAUGUCACGUUUGCUCCCUUUUCAUCUAUCUGCAACUCCUCUGAGUCUGAUGCUCCACUUCCCCUGCUCCAGCGUGUUCUUUCUCAGUCUCACAAGGGUGGAUUUCUUGGAUUCAAGAAAGACAUACCGUCUGAUCGAAUGAUGAACUCACUUGGGAAAUUUAGCGGUAUGGAUUUCUUGUCCAUCUUUAGAUUCAAAACCUGGUGGUCUACUAUGUGGGUUGGUAAUUCUGGUUCUGAAUUGCAGAUGGAAACUCAGUGGCUUCUCUUUGAUGUUCCUGAAAUAAGUUAUUAUGUCUUAAUAAUCCCUAUCAUUGAAGGAAGUUUUAGGUCUGCUCUUCAUCCUGGCAUUGAUGGGCAUAUCAUGAUUUGUGCUGAAAGUGGUUCUGCAGAAGUGAGAACAUCUUCUUUUAAUGCUAUUGCAUAUGUUCAUGUGUCUGAUAAUCCUUACAAUAUCAUGAAAGAAGCCUAUAGUGCUAUUAGAGUUCAUCUCAACACCUUCAGGCUUUUGGAAGAGAAAACUGUUCCCUCUCUUACUGAUAAAUUUGGAUGGUGCACUUGGGAUGCUUUUUAUUUAACUGUAGAGCCUGUUGGUAUAUGGCAUGGUGUGAAUGAUUUUGUUGAAGGCGGUGUAAAUCCAAGAUUUCUUAUCAUUGAUGAUGGUUGGCAAAGCAUCAGUCUUGAUGGCGAAAAUCCGAAUGAAGACACUAAAAAUCUUGUUCUUGGUGGGACUCAAAUGACUGCCAGACUUCAUAGACUUGAUGAAUGUGAGAAAUUUAGGAACUAUAAAGGAGGAUCCAUGUUGGUUCCUAACCCUCCUACAUUUGAUCUAAAGAAGCCCAAGAUGUUGAUUUCAAAAGCAAUUGAACUGGAGCAUGCUGAGAAGGAUCUUAACAAGGCAAUCCAAUCUGGUGUCACCGAAUUAUCAGCUUUUGAGAGUAAAAUUCAACAGUUGAAAAAGGAACUGGAUGCCAUGUUUGGUGGAGAAGAAAAGAUCAAUGUUUCUAGUGAACAAUGUGGAAAAUGCUCUUGCAAAGAUCAGAAUUAUGGCAUGAAGGCAUUUACAAGGGAUUUGAGAACAAAAUUCAAAGGUUUGGAUGAUAUAUAUGUUUGGCAUGCUCUCUGUGGUGCUUGGGGUGGAGUCCGGCCAGGCUCUACUCGUUUGAACUCAAAGAUUACUCCUUGCAAAUUGUCUCCAGGUCUUGAUGGAACAAUGAAUGAUCUUGCCGUAAUUAAAAUUGUUGAAGGUGGUAUUGGACUUGUUCAACCUGAACAAGCUGGAGACUUCUACGAUUCUAUGCACUCUUAUCUUGCUGGUGUUGGUAUUACAGGAGUGAAGAUGGAUGUCAUUCAUACCCUUGAAUAUGUGUCUGAAGAAUAUGGAGGUCGUGUGGAGCUUGCAAAGGCUUAUUACAAAGGGCUAUCAGAUUCACUUGCAAAGAAUUUUAAAGGAACUGGAUUAAUCGCUAGCAUGCAACAAUGCAAUGAUUUCUUCCUCCUUGGUACAAAGCAGAUAUCCAUUGGAAGAGUAGGUGAUGACUUCUGGUUCCAGGAUCCAAAUGGUGAUCCGAUGGGAGUGUACUGGCUGCAAGGAGUUCAUAUGAUCCACUGUGCCUAUAACAGCAUGUGGAUGGGACAAAUUAUACAUCCCGAUUGGGACAUGUUUCAAUCUGAUCACUUGUGUGCUCAGUUCCAUGCUGGAUCAAGGGCCAUUUGUGGUGGGCCUGUCUAUGUUAGUGACUCUGUUGGUGGCCAUGAUUUUGAGCUCCUCAAGAAACUUGUAUAUCCUGAUGGCACCAUUCCUAAGUGCCAGCACUUUGCCCUGCCCACUAGAGAUUGCCUCUUCAAGAACCCUUUACUUGACAGGAAAUCUGUUCUCAAGAUUUGGAAUUUCAACAAGUAUGGAGGUGUGGUUGGAGCUUUCAACUGCCAAGGAGCUGGUUGGGACCCAAAAGAGCAGAGGAUCAAGGGCCACCCAGAAUGUUACAAGCCAAUUUCUGGCUCUAUUCACGCUCCUGACAUUGAAUGGGAUCAAUACGACAGUGCUGCCCAAAUGGGUCAGGCAGAGGAAUACGUAGUCUAUCUCAAUCAAGCAGAGGAAAUACUUAUAACCACAUCAACAUCUGAUGCAAUUCAAGUGACUAUCCAGCCAUCUUCAUUUGAGCUAUUCAGCUUUGUACCCAUCAAGAAGCUAGGACCCAACACCAAAUUUGCUCCAAUUGGACUCACCAACAUGUUUAACAGUGGUGGCACAAUUCAAGAACUGGAGUAUUGUGAGAGUGGAGGUGAGUGCAGUGUCAAGAUUAAAGUUAAAGGUGGAGGGAAUUUCCUGGCCUACUCGAGUGCUUCUCCAAAGAAGGGUUUCUUGAAUGGUGCUGCAGUGUCUUUUGACUGGUUACCUGAGGGCAAACUAAGCUUGAAUCUUCCUUGGAAUGAAGAUGUUGGAGGAGUAUCUGACAUGUCCUUCAUAUUCUGAUUAAGGCUGUUACUGUCCUUGUCUUAGAACAUAGUCACGGUUAAGAAACUAAAAGCCAUGGCCAUUAUCUUAAAUAAAUCAAUUCCUUAAUUGCUUGCAAUAGCAAGUUCCUUAUUUGAUUGUUAAACUUGAAAGAUGGAUGUGUAUAUUCAUCCCAGUUGUUAAUGUAAAAUGCUUCUGUAUUCUGAUUAAUAUUUGUUUGUCUAAACAAAAGCUCUUCUAGUU